AUGUACGGCCCCGAAGACGAGCUGUCCCUAGCGGUCGAUGCGUUUCUUACAGAGGCCAUGGGUCGCAAACAGACACAAUCGCAGGGUCAAUCAGAGACCUCUCGAAGAGGUUCUGCAGCCUCACAGCCCGGUCCUCAGAGUGACAAGUCGUUUGAGUGUACUCAUCCAGGCUGUAGCAAGAAGUUCACGCGCUCAGAACACUUGCAGCGACAUGCUCUCAAUCACUUGCCGGGCGGUUCUUCAUGUGACAUAUGCCGUGCACACUUCAAACGGCCUGAUUUGCUGAGGCGACAUAUGGAAAGGCAUCGCCAAAAGGAUCUUGAGGCUGGAGGAACCGGCUUUGGCGUUCUCGAUACACGAAAGAGAUCCUGGGAAGCACCCGACGGUACGGUCGUUGAAAAGCGGCCGUGUCGGAACAGCAACACGAAAGCUAAAAGUGCAAAGGGUUCGGGACAGAACCCUCAAGAAACACAACAAGUUCCAUCUCCAGAAUCCGACCAAGCAGAUAACGCAAGGAGUCAGUCCCCUGGGCUGAUCAAUUGGGGCCAUAGCGAAGGCCAGUCAGUGCAUGGAGUCGAUCUUCACUCCUCAUCCGACUUGCACAUCGAAGACUCCAUCUUUGUUCACUCAGCUGGUGAAUUGGUUACAGAUGACCAUCUUGCAAACUUUACUACCUCAACCGACCCUUUCGAUCACAGUGAAGGCAUAGGCGAGUUUUCGUUCGACCAGCUCGACCCUCUACUUCUCAACGAAUCGUUCGUGGAUAACACGGCACUUGACUACACGCAAAACUUUCAGCCAGAUACUGCCAGUUCCUUUAAUAUGCCCUAUACGACUGCGUUGGACUACAGCUGGCUAUUUAACAUGAACUUGAACCCAACAUCAACACCCCUCACAAAAGCCAACGAGCAGUAUAUCCCAUCCGUCCAGAUGUCAGAGCCCGUCCAGAUAUUAUCACCAGACUCUAUCAACAGCACGCGCCGUUGGUCGGAGUCGGUACAUUCUCACAACAGCGAUACCAGGCCAGAUACUUCUGAUCCACGAACCGCGGUCUUGAGCCAUACCAAGACAACUUCGGGGAGCAUUUCCAGUUCUAGAACUGAAUCUACAACGCCAACCGUAAAUAAAAGCACCAAACUACUGAGGCCCAACGUUGCCCACGAUCAACAGGACGUUGAAGAACCGCAAUUCAACAGGCCAUUCUCGAUGCUCGACAAAGGGCAAUCGAUACCCAAGAUCGACGAAACCGUGCGCAAACGAAUCCUUCAAGUCGUCGAGGCUGCCAACCCAUCUUUACCUGAUUCUCGUCACUCUGUGUGGGAUGAGCCAUUACUGUCCCGAGACUCCUUACAGACAUACCUAGAAUUGUUCUUCGUAAAGUUCAAUACUGCCUACCCACUCAUGCACCUUGCAACCUUUGAUGUCAGCAGGACGGAGCCUCUGCUUCUCAUAUCCAUCCUCCUGCUUGGUGCAACCUACUCCUCCAAAGAUGCCCAUCAGCUGGCUGUGUGCAUCCACGACGUUAUACGGCCUAGCAUCUUUUCCCAUGCUAGCUUUUCGGCUCGUGCAGAACUGUGGACUCUGCAGACUAUCCUUCUGGUGGAAUGCUUUGGAAAGUCUCGAGCUGGGCAGAAGCAGCACGACAUGAGCCAUCUCUUCCACGGACUUCUCAUAAAUCUCAUUCGCAGAUCUGACUGUCAGUCGGUCCGUCCACAAGGGCCGCCUGCUGACUGCGCCGGUGCAAAAGAGGGUAUAGUGCGAGAGGCUUGGCGACGAUGGGCCAUUGCAGAACAAAAGAAACGUCUCGCACUUUUGUGCUUCAUGUGGGAUACACAGCAUGCAGUUCUCUUCUGUCAGAGUCUCUGCAUGUCCGCAUUUGAGCUCCGUCUUGAACUGCCUUGUAGCCAAAGGAUAUGGGAAGCUUCAGACCCAACAUCCUGGGCUAUGGCAUGGCGCUCAUCAGCCUGCAGUUCCCAGCCGGUCUACUACCUUCCUAGUCUCAAAUCAUACCUAGGGCCAUCAGUACCACGUCCGAAAGCAUUAACGGGGUUGUCUCAUGUACUUAUGCUGCAUGGUCUGAUGUCCAUCGCUUGGGACAUGCAACGCCGUGAUCAAACAGCGCUCGGAGUGGUAGACGGUGACGGACCUGGAUCUAAUUGGCGGAAGCUCAUAGGGAACGCUUAUGACGCUUGGAAGGCGGACUUUGAUGUUUACAUCACCUCAAUUAUUUCUCGACUCCAGAAUACACCUGAAGAUCAGGCUAGAAGGAGCGAGUACGUGGCGUUUGCAACUGCAUACAAUGCUCUGUUUCAUUCAGCACAAGCACUUCUUCAUAUGGAGUUCCUCGACAUACAGAUCUAUGCUGGCGCUCGCCAUAUCCUGGGCCGACCAGUUCAGCAGAAGGACUAUCGUCGAUCCGCUAAGGCGGUCAAACAGUGGGCUUCAAUAGCAGAACGACCAAGCAAAGAUCAAACCUCAAAUGCCGAACACAAUACAAGAAGCCACAAGAGGCCAGCAUCUGUGGCUGCAUGGCAUGCAUCCCGCCUGCUUCAUGAAAACACAAAGGUACUUACUCGUUCAGACGCAAUGCAGCUCUUCCACGUCCCGUGGUGUCUAUACCUUGCAACUCUAGCAUGCUGGGCAUUUUGCCACGGUCAACCCAAUAGAGGAGGUAUGCUUGACAUGGACGAUGAUGCUGAUGAGAGCGAUGAUGAGAGCGAUGAGAUCAUCUGGAAUCCACGAGGGGAAAUGCAUAACCUCGUGUCAAGAAUGGCCCAGAAUGGGCCUGACGGUAUAGACGUGAAACCAGGUCAACAACGACAGAUUGUCGGACUUGUCUGGACUAUGGCUGAGACGCUGAGCAAGGUUCGGUGGGGGAUCUUGCAUGCUGGUGUUGUUGUGUUACGGGGGUUAAUACCGCAAAGACUUAUUAACCAGUAUGAUGAGCCUCAUGAUGAUGCAUUUUAA